AUGUACCUCAUUUUCCAUCCAAGGUUGUUGACGACAACUGGAGCACGCCUGAGAUUCGACAUGUCCGGCCAUGGCCACGGACACGGUGGAGGGUGCAGCCACGAGCACCACGAUCAUGACCACGGCGAGGACAGCGGCGGCGAGGCCUGGUCACUCUAUGAGCAAAUAGACACCAACGCCCUCAAAUGCCUCAACGAAGCCCAACCAAAUUCCCUCAAGCAUGUUCUUCGCCCAUGGCACCAGCGUUGCGAUGCCAGUCUACCGAUGUUGGUCUCUGACGCUGACGAGCAGCUCCUCAUGUGCAUCCCAUUCACAUCUCCCAUCAAGCUCAAGUCGAUCUGUAUCAUCGGUGGUGGUGACGUGGAGAACCCGGCAAAGAUGAGCGCUUUUAUCAACAACGAAACCAUGGACUUUGGAAACGCCGAGCAGACCACGCCAGUGCAGACGUGGGAACUUGUCGAACGAAAUGUAGAAGGCGCCGUCGAGUAUCCAACAAAGUACACAAAGUUUCAAAAUGUCAGUAAGCUUUGGUUGUUUGUCAGCGAAAAUUUUGGCGCUGAGGUUACGAGGAUUAUGUACAUCGGCUUGAGGGGUGAGUUCACAAAGUAUAAGCGCGAGGCUGUUCAUACGGUUUACGAAAGUAGACCACUGAAGGCAGCUAAGGAUGUGAUGGCAAAUCAUAUGCAAGGGAUGGGCAUGUGAGUGCGAUAUCAUUUCGGUGCAGAUUCGUGAACCAUUUGUGGCGAAUCCGUAGGUACUGUACCUAUUGUGGUCUUAGACGUAUCUUCUUUUCUUGCAGUUUCAGAUUGAAACAAAAAAGACAAGUCGCGAGUUCACGCUAUCAUGCGCUUUGCAGAAGCAUUGACACAGCCAGGCGAUGACGUACUGUACUGCGCCCUCUUCAAUGAGAACCGGACAGAGCGGCUCCAAAAUUAGCAGCGUGGCGUUGUUCAAGUGGUGAUAUGUCAUGUGUGCAAGCUCAUUUAGAAUUGAACAGGGAUCCUGCGGAGCUAGCCCCACAACGCGCGCUAUUUCGCCCGGAAAUUCGUUAUCCUCAUUAGCACCCACACCGACGAGACUUGACACGGUCCUUCAGCAUAAUCAUGCGGAAUGCGAUUCAACAUUGUCUUGUCGUCGAAAGUCAUCGGGUCUUUGCGAUGAGAGACUGGGUUGGGAAGUGAAUAGUACUGCUUCACAAUACUGACUUUAUGAUAGUACAGCAUCUACACACGGAGGCGCGCUUUUGUUAAUGACGACUGCAAGAAGAUACAGACCAUGUGCCAAACAUGUAGUAUCACCACGUGAACCUGCAAGCCUACCAAAGGGUCGUUUACAGGAUGAGGUCAUCACAAGACGAAAAGACGCAAUCUAUGUGGGCAGCGACAUUGACAUGCGAAGCGCUGUACCGCUCGAGAUAUUGUUUCAUAAGAAGCUACUCGCAACCUGAGUCACACAAGUCUCCCAGUAAACAUACCGAGUCAGCAGGCGUCUGAUCUAACCUACGUAGGGUGACCUUGCUGCUUGUAUAAAUCAUAGCACGCCUUAAGAAUUUUGAAUGUAAGAUCGAUCUCCUUUCCGAUCAAAACAAUGAUGUAGGACUAAGGGGUUGCACUCAGCUGAUGGCUAUGGAAAUUAGAACAUAUGGUGUCUCAUCUCAUCUUAAACCAAUAAGCGCGUGCGUUGAUAUUGUGCAUUUACGAAAAA